AUGGAUCAAAUGCUGGUGGCCCUUUUUUUCCUCAUCCACCACCAACUUAGCUCUGCUAACACGGUGCAGGUGCAGGUGGAGGUGGUCACUAAGAGCACACAAUGCAGUGUCACUUGUGGCCUGGGCGUCAAAAUGCAAACAGUUUGCAAGGUGAAAGACAGCCAGAAGGCCCUGGAGGAAAGUAAAACGAAAUCCACAGGAAACGCUGUUGCAGAGUCAAAUUUGGAAGUAGAAGAUUGUCGAGAUGAGAAAGUCAGUUGUCAAGAGUCGUGGCAGUGUGGAAUCAAGACUUUCACCAAGACAACAGGAGAGAGGCUUGAGAUUGACUGUCUGUCGAAGACCCCGAAAUUAGUGAAGAAAUUCGCCUGGAGGGUGUCAUGGCGGCGAGCACCAGGUGUGAUCAGUACUGACGAUUCGCUCUUCAAACCCUGGCAGGCUCCGCAUCUAGACCUGGUCAUUCUGUAUCCAAUCGAGGAGAAGCAUGCAGGAACCUACCGCUGUGAUGUACUGGAUGCUAAUUUCAGGAAAGUGAAAACGGAGUACUGGGGGGUGCGAGUGCUGCCAAAAGGGGUCCUGAAUCUGGACUAUGAACAUGCUAAAAGUGUGUGGGAGUCACCUUGGACCUGGACGAAUUUGUUAAACCCCUAUGAGACUCAGAUCAUCUGGCUUUACAUCAUCCUGACCAUUCUGAGCCUUGUCGACAUGGCAGUUGUGUUCUUCCUGGUGUUCAGGAUGUGGAACAACAGCGGCUCAUAUAAGAUACCUGAGGAUGCAAACUGCCCUGAAAACAUGUCAGAGCUGUGA